AUGUUUGGCCUCCGUGCCGGCCGGCUGCUCGUCCGCUUCGGCGGGUUCCUCGUCCCGAGCUUCCUGCAGGGGCGCGGACAGCCCCGGCCGGCUGCACUCCGCCCUACGGCGUAUCUCGACGGCAUGCGCGGCGCCGGUGCCGUCGUCGUCAGCUUCGGCCACUACACGACCAUGACCUACAACACCCACCGCGGCUGGGGCAGCGACGACAGCUACUACAACUUCAUGCGUCUGCCUAUCCUUCGGCUGGUGCAUGGAGGAGGAGCCGCUGUGGCACUGUUCUUCGUCAUCUCGGGCUACGCACUCGCGUACAAACCCAUGCAGUAUAUCCGCAAGGGCGACCUGGGCAAUUUCAGCACCACCCUGAGCUCCAUGGCCUUCCGACGUGCCAUCCGUCUGUACCUCCCAACUGUGAUUCUUACCGUUUCAAUCGCUUGCAUCAUCCAAACCGGCAUAUACGACUGGGGCCGAAGGGUACCUGAAGACACGCCGUGUUUCUCACAUCUGCCGUACCGUCCUGCUGCGCUUCCGUCCAUGUCCGCGCAGGUCGGUCUAUGGAUCCCUGCUUUCGCAGGGUCUUUUGCCCUCUUUGACUGGGAGUGGUAUCGCGGAUUCGCUUACUAUGGUACCGGUCAGCUGUGGACUAUCCCUGCCGAGUUCCGCUGCUCGUUCUACCUUUUCCUCAUCAUCCUAGCGACAGCUCGACUCAGGACGAUGUAUCGAUUCCUUACCAUUGUAGGCAUUAUGUGGAUAAGCUAUAUAAAUUCCAGAUGGGAACUCGUCGCCUUCCUCAGUGGCGUGCUUCUCGUCGAGUGGGAUCUACUUCGCGGGGCGCAUGUUGCAACUCCGACCAGAGAAAAUGAAGGCGACCCUCCACAAUCAACACUUGAGGAUGUUUUCUGGCACCUCUUUGCCAUUCUAGGCCUUUUUCUUCUAAGCCAGCCCGAGAAUGGGGGUAUUACCACCCCCGGUUGGGUUUUUCUCACGUCUUUGAUCCCAGAGUGGUGGGCUGAUAAACAGCAACGCUAUUGGCAAACCAUCGGUGCAAUCAUCUUCCUGCUUUCCGUGGGCCACUCGCGAUGGUGGCAGGGAGUUUUCAACUCGCGUUUUGCACAGUACUUGGGCAAGAUUUCGUACUCGCUGUACCUCGUCCAUGCCACAGUGGAUGGCUUGUUCGGCUAUCACUUCAAGAGCUGGGCUUGGGAUCUGACAGGCCUGGAGGGCAACGCGUACCAUCUCGGUUAUGCUAUGGCUCUCGUGUUGAAUCUCCCGGUUGUCGUGUUCUUUUCUGAUGUUUUCUGGCGGGCGGUGGAUAUUCCUAGUGUCAAUUUUGCCAGAUGGUAUGAGAGUAAGGUCGUUGUCAAGGCCGACUAG